AUGGCAACAGUAUCAUCAUCCCAGCCCAUGGUAGAUGGAGACACACCGAGCACGAUCACUCUUCACAUACUCUGCCAGUCUCUACCCCCUCCAAGUCGGCUUACACUCGAGAAUGUUCCACUCUCCUCCACAAUCGCACAGCUCAAGGGCCGGAUCGAACAGUCCUUUCCGAACAAUCCUCAAGCGUCGCAACAGAGGCUCAUCUACCGAGGGAAACCCCUAACUGUCGAUGACGCAACACUCAGAGCAGUAGUCUCAUCUAUGGAAAGAGGCACUGAUAGUAUGCACCUUGUGUUGCCACCUGAACCAACACACACAGAAGCACCUCCUGUCUCCAAGAUGCGGCAAGAGUCGUCUCUCAGGAACUCUGCUCGAGCUUCCACUUCCUCUUCCACAUGGCUGGAUCACUCCAAUUCGGAUAAUUCGGUGACCGCAUCCAGUGUGCCAUCGUACUCUAGCAUUCCCAGGACAAUCGGUGCCACUCCAGCUUCUCCGCACAUCACAAUCAAUCAAUAUGUCAACACCUCUUCACCUAACCGACACUCAGCAACUACAAAUGCAUCAGAAGCCGAUGAUGCAGAUUUCUCCCAGCGUGUUCUCACUUUACGACGUCACAUCGAGGAGAUUGAGGGACAACUGAACCGACGUACAAUGCCAUCCAUAGGGAAUAUUAUUCAUAUACGGAACCAGCUUCUUGAAAUUCAAGAUGCACGACCCGCAAGACAACUUCCUCUACCUGGUGUUGUGGAUUUGGUUGGCCGUAUUCUUGAUGCUCAACAACGCGCUCGUCUAAUGGAACGUAUGCAGCAACAGCAGUCGCAGGCAAGCGUUCCAGCUCAGGCCCCGAUUACCCAAAAUGUUUCAAACACAUUCGCACCAGACUCCAUCCAACUCUUCAUGCUGACCUCGCCAACGGGAGAUAAUCAUCUCGUGAGACAACCCUGGGUAACCCACCCCAGUACGCAGCGGGUGGGCUCGCCCAAUAUAGUCCCCGCCAACGAGUCGGGCGCGCCUCAAGCACCUCAAGCACCCAACCAAAACGCAGCGGUGGUCCAGAACGCCCUUCGCCAAGCAAUGCUCAACCAGCAGCGGCGAGGCAACAACGUCGAGCACGCCGGUCUGGCACGGCACAUCCGCCGCAUCUGGCUGUUCACUCGUUUGUGGCUCUUCUGCUACCUCACCAGCGCCCCUGGCACCUGGAGACGUUACAUAUUUGUAGGCAUUGCCUUGCUUGUCACAUUUUUUUCAGAGACCAGUAUCCCGCGCCAGUUUGCGACUUCGAUUGUUAAUCCCAUCCAACGCCAUCUCGAGGGCCUAACCCAUGCCGGUGGCCCAGCAGAUCGAGCCACUCAAACUGGAGCCAACGACGCUACUGCGGGGUUCGAUAUUUGGGACCAGAUGCGCCGCGCGGAGCGAGCACUUGUAUUUCUUUUUGCCAGUCUAGUUCCCGGUCUUGGUGAGCGGCAUGUCCAGGCUCGCACUGCGGCAGACCAAGCUUUCUUGGCUGAGCAGGAGCGUCAGGCGCGGGAACGUCAAGAGCAGGGGCAGGUACGGGAGCGUGAGCGCCAGGAGCAGGAACGGGCUCAAGCUGGUGUGGCAGAGGGCGCGGGGAAUGCAGGUACUGAAUAG